GGAGGAGUUAGCGACGGCGCGCGAGAUCGCCGAGGUCGGUCUCGCGAUAUUUCUGAAUCCGAGGCUCCACGCGUAAUCUGGGCGCUGGGAGCAAGGGCUGGGAGGGAGACGGUUUUUAGCCCGUCCUACGGAAGCCUGCGAGGGAGGGUGGCAUCCACUCCCCAGGUCCAGUGUCCUGAUGCCCAGCGCCAGCGCCAGCCGUAAGGGUCAGGAGAAGCCGCGGGAGAUCGUGGACGCGGCGGAAGAUUAUGCUAAAGAGAGAUAUGGGAUAUCGUCUAUGAUACAAUCACAAGAAAAACCAGACAGAGUUUUGGUUCGAGUUAAGGACCUAACAGUACAAAAAGCUGAUGACAUUGUUUGGGUCCGUGCAAGAGUUCACACAAGCAGAGCAAAAGGGAAGCAGUGCUUCUUAGUCCUGAGGCAGCAGCAGUUUAAUGUCCAGGCUCUUGUGGCAGUGGGAGACCACGCGAGCAAGCAGAUGGUUAAAUUUGCUGCCAACAUCAACAAAGAAAGUAUUAUUGACGUAGAAGGCAUUGUGAGAAAAGUAAAUCAGAAAAUUGGAAGCUGUACACAGCAAGAUGUUGAAUUGCAUGUCCAGAAGAUUUAUGUGAUCAGUUUGGCUGAACCUCGCCUGCCCUUGCAGCUGGACGAUGCCAUUCGGCCUGAAGUGGAAGGAGAAGAGGAAGGAAGAGCUACCGUUAACCAGGAUACAAGAUUAGACAACAGAGUCAUUGACCUUAGGACAUCAACGAGUCAGGCCGUCUUCCGUCUCCAGUCCGGCAUCUGCCAUCUCUUCAGAGAAACUUUAAUUAACAAAGGUUUUGUGGAAAUCCAAACUCCUAAAAUUAUUUCAGCUGCUAGUGAAGGAGGAGCCAAUGUUUUCACUGUGUCAUAUUUUAAAAAUAAUGCCUACCUUGCUCAGUCCCCACAACUGUAUAAGCAGAUGUGCAUCUGUGCUGAUUUUGAGAAGGUUUUCUGCAUUGGGCCAGUUUUCAGAGCCGAAGACUCCAAUACCCAUAGACAUCUGACUGAAUUUGUUGGUUUGGAUAUUGAAAUGGCUUUUAAUUACCACUACCAUGAAGUUGUAGAAGAAAUUGCUGACACCUUGGUGCAAAUAUUCAAAGGACUUCAAGAAAGGUUUCAGACUGAAAUUCAAACUGUAAAUAAACAGUUCCCAUGUGAGCCGUUCAAAUUUUUGGAGCCAACGUUAAGACUGGAAUAUUGUGAAGCUCUCGCUAUGCUUAGAGAAGCAGGAGUUGAAAUGGGAGACGAGGAAGAUCUAAGUACGCCAAAUGAGAAACUGUUGGGACGUUUGGUGAAGGAAAAGUAUGAUACAGACUUUUAUGUUCUUGAUAAAUAUCCAUUGGCUGUCAGACCUUUCUACACCAUGCCCGACCCAAGAAAUCCUAAACAGUCUAACUCCUACGACAUGUUCAUGAGAGGAGAAGAAAUACUGUCUGGAGCACAAAGAAUACACGAUCCUCAGUUGCUAACAGAGAGAGCUUUACACCAUGGAAUUGAUUUGGAGAAAAUCAAAGCUUACAUUGAUUCCUUCCGCUUUGGAGCCCCUCCUCAUGCUGGUGGAGGCAUUGGAUUGGAAAGGGUGACGAUGCUGUUCUUGGGGUUGCAUAAUGUCCGUCAGACCUCAAUGUUUCCUCGUGACCCCAAACGACUCACACCUUAAAGCCACACUUUUUAUUCUCUCCGGUGACUUGCUGCUGAUCAGGUUGUACCUGAGGUACUUAAGGGACGCAGCAGAACAAAUGUCUUACUGAAGUGCCACAAUUAUUUUUAAGUCGUUAAUUGCAAAUUAACUAAGGAAAAGCGUUUUAGAGCUUCAGAUGUGCUUCAGCAGGGGAUGCUUGAACGCUUUAAUGAGGAAUUUCUAGAGUUGAAGUCAGUUUCUCUCUAUAGGAAACGUUAAAGAGAAUGUAAACAGCUUAAGUCUGUAUAAUUUUUUAUAUAUACUAUGGUGGCCACGGUACUAAUAGCCUAAAUUUUCAAUAUUUUAACUUUUAACUCUUGACAUGGAGGAAAAUAAUGGAGAAAUUACCAAGACUUUAGCGUAUAUAACGUUGGAAUGUCGCAGAAAUUAGAGUAUGAGUUCUUCAAAGUUACCUUCAGAAAUCAUGUGAAGCAGCUGAGAACACUGGCUAGAAACAGCACCACUGAAACAUUGUUACAAGUUUUGAGGCUGAACUUCAAUAAAAAUGUAAAGCUAAUGAUA